AUGAAAUUUUCGUUCGUUCUAUGUUUGCUCCAGGCGUCUCUGCCCGUGCUUCUGCUCCAUCUUGCUGUGGGCGCCGCAUCGCGAUCAGUUAAUGCUUCGAGUCUGGCCAGCAGCUCUGAAGAGGAAUUUCAUCAGCAAGCUGCUCCUCCAACGGAACAUGAAUCUGAUGGUGCUGGCCCGGAAAGAAGCAAGCAUUCGGGGGAUCUGACAUUCUACCACGCCCUGAUAGCUUCGUUAUCAGUGAUUAUCGUGUCGGAAUUAGGCGACAAAACAUGGUUUAUUGCUGCAAUUAUGGCAAUGAGGCAUUCACGGCUCACUGUCUUCUCUGGAAUGGGUUGGCUGACGCAGGUUAUACCGCGGUUUAUUACUUACUAUAUUUCCACUGCUCUUUUUGCUUUAUUUGGUGUAAAAAUGCUAUAUGAGGGAUACCGAAUGUCGCCAGCCGAAGGACAGGAGGAGUACGAGGAAGCGAAAGCAGAAAUCCAGAAGAAAGAACUGCUGCUGGAUUCUUCGAAAAUUUCUGACAUGGAAACUGGAAUGGGUUGGCUGACGCAAGUUAUACCGCGGUUUAUUACUUACUAUAUUUCCACUGCUCUUUUUGCUUUAUUUGGUGUGAAAAUGCUAUAUGAGGGAUACCGAAUGUCGCCAGCCGAAGGACAGGAGGAGUACGAGGAAGCGAAAGCAGAAAUCCAGAAGAAAGAGCUGCUGCUGGAUUCUUCGAAAAUUUCAGACAUGGAAAGUGGAAGCACCACAUCAACGAAGCAAGAUUCGACGUAUGCACUUGUGAGUUUUGUCUCGACACUUUUUCUGGAAGCAUUUACUCUAACAUUUCUGGCGGAAUGGGGCGAUCGAAGUCAGCUGACUACAAUUGUAUUGGCAGCACGUGAAAAUGUUUAUGGUGUGGUAAUUGGUGGUAUAUUGGGUCAUGCUCUUUGUACAGGAAUUGCUGUUAUUGGUGGCAAACUUGUGGCCACGCAGAUAUCCGUCAGAACAGGCAAAUAUUUUUAUAUUUUUCAAGAUUAUUGA